AGAUGACUGAUAUAAAGUCAGGACUCACAGAACCUCCUGCUACUGUGGUGACCUGAUCUGAUUUAGGAAGCUGUUUGUCAUUUUGGACUAACGCACCUACUAGCAAUCCCACUGGCCCUUCUCUGCCAUCUCACCCACACUGCCCUGGUCUGUGCCAGGGUCUUUCUCCUGGGAGAUCAGGGUAGAACUAACAGCCAGGCCAAUCCGAGGAUUAUUCUGAAGUUCAUGGAAGCAGAUGGAUCCAAAAUGAGCAUCAACCGAGUAACAUGAAAUUGUCAAUUGCCAGGAGCUGAACGUAUGAGAAUAUUUCCAAAACAGCCCCUCUUCGGUGCUGUCACAUCUCCAUCACAGUCUCACUCCUCUGUCGAAAUCAGAGAGCGGGCGAAUUCUCCGAAUCCUGAAUUUCAACCCCGGGGUGGGGGGGGGUUGCCAGCCAAUCCCACCUCUCGAUAAUCCAAUUGUUGGGAUCCACAUUCAGAAAUUGGUCAACUGGAUCAACCUGACCUGCCGUUUCCCAGAGACGAGUUAAUUCCGAAAACCAGAGACCGGCUGCACCUGUGUAAAACAGAGGAACAAACUGAUGUUGCAAUGAAUUUUUUGUGAGGGAGCACAAUGAGUGUCACUUUUUAAUAAAAGAAAUUACUGGCAAAUCCUGUCGAAAAAGGCCAAACGCAGCAAUUGGACAGCUGACCAAAGGACAAAGUCAGUCAUUCCGAGUGUGUUUUGGUUUUUAGAGUUGAUAAUCAGGAGGUAGUUUAGGGGGCGAGGUUAAAGAAGGAUUUCUGGAUUGCAAACGGACACAGGCUGCUCUCUCUCAGUCUCUCCAUGUGACUACGUUUCCGCUGUUAUGUUCCGGAGCUGUGACUAAACUUUCAGGGCCGAUGGGACUGGCUACCUCAGUGGUGAGAUUGCAGCCCGGGAGCCUGGCUCAGACAGCCCGCUAGCCGCUGCCCUGAAACCCGGAGCCGCUGCUAUCCGCGGCCGGCGGAAGGGAGACGGGCUCUCGGUGUAAGAAUGGAGCUCAGAAUCUGGUCGAUGUCGCUCACUCUCACAGCUCUCCUGAUGCUUGCUGGAGCGAGUUUGGUGAGGUCUCUGGGGAACUGCACCGUGGUUGACAUGGUGGCAUUCUGUAAGGAGCGCAGGUUUAAUCAUGUGCCAGAAGGUCUGCCCUUAAAAACCAAAGAGCUCCUUCUCAAUGGAAAUGGAAUUAAAGCAAUACACAAUAAUUCAUUGUCUGCAUACAGGCAUCUGCAUACACUGGACCUGAGUGGGAAUCAGCUUGAACUCAUUGAACCUGCAGCCUUCUCCCACAACAAGAACCUACAAAAUUUGAACCUAAUGAACAACCGGAUUGAUAUAAACUACACAAAGACUCGACUGGCACUAAGAAACCUCUCAGCUUUAACUAGCCUGGAUUUAUCUGGGAAUAGACUCAGCGAAGUUGCAGUGAGCGAUAUUGUACAAAAUCUGACCACACUUGAAUAUCUAUCUCUGGCCAGAAAUUUCAUCAUGAGAUUGGAACCAAGCACACUGGAGGGCCUUGCCCAACUUCGAGAAUUAAACCUGGAGAGCAAUUAUAUCUAUGAAAUUGAAAGCGGGACAUUUGAAGAUUUGAAAAGCCUAACCAGGUUGAACCUUGCCCACAAUCACAUCCCGUGCAUUGUAGAUUUCAGCUUGUACCAAGUGAAAACAUUAAAUAUUACUCACAAUGUGGUGGAACUGUUUUUAGCCAGAGAGAGCGAGACUGAAUUCCAACUGGAAACUCUGGACCUGUCCAAUAACAAACUGCUGUUUUUCCCACUCCUACCCAAACACAACAAGCUCAAAUUGCUGUUGCUGGCGGACAAUGAGAUGAAUUUUUACAAUGACCUGGCAAACGACUCAUCUUCUGAGGUCCAGUUCGUCCAAAUAGUUGGAAAUGUGACCAAUGUUACUUCCAUAAAUCUAUGGGACGAGGUAAUUUCCUUAAAUUUGCCUGAACUGCAGUUGCUGGAUAUGAGCCGGAAUUCAGUUCGAUAUCUCCCUCCUGGAUUUCUCCGAGGAAUAACCUCGCUGUCAGCUCUGCUACUCGACCAGAACUGUUUAAGGACCUUCUCUCUAACAGAGCAAGAUUCUCUCCUCUUUCUUCAGGCGAUCGAUCUCAGUCAUAACCAGUUGUCCCAGUUAAAUUUCAAUAUCAGCAGGCUGUGGAACCUAAACUAUUUCAAUCUCAGCUUCAACAAUUUGGAAUCGGUGCCGUCAGAUCUUUUUACAAAGAUGCCUUGGAUUACAACUUUAGACCUCAGUCACAACAGGGUCUCUGUUUGUGACUACCCUUUAGGAAAUAGGAGAAGGACUUUGGGCAGAGGUUGUGCUGCAUUGGCACAGAUCAAAUCGUUGAGGCAACUUUAUCUCUCUGACUGUGACUUGGCCACACUACCCGCCAAUGCUUUUGUUGGCUCGCCCUUAACCCAUUUGGAUUUAUCAUCCAAUGCUGGAAUCCGAUUGGAGGUGAGCAUGUUUCGAGCCGUGGCCAAGUCGUUGCAAUCCUUAUCUCUGAGGAACAAUGGAUUAGACUCUGACCAAAUAGGUUCUGGGCUGCAAGUGACUUUCAGCGAUCUGAAGACUUUGGACUUGUCUGAAAAUUCCAUAACGAGUCUUCAUCCCAUCCUCAAAACCCUUCCCCUAAGAUCGCUGGACCUACGGAAGAACAGACUGUCUGUGCUUCAACAGGACGUUCUGCAGAGCCUGUUGCAAAGUCUUCAAACUCUCUACCUGAGUGGCAAUGCCUUUGACUGUUGCCAGUUGAAAUGGUGGACCUUCCUCAUCAAAGCCGAGUCACUGACCAUUCCUGACAGAUCCUUAGUCACUUGCAACACGUCUUUCAAACUGGAGCACAUCGAUAGGAUUUCCCAGUCUACCAAAGCUAACUGCAAAUUUGAUAACACUGUUUUAAAGUAUUUCUUGUUGUUGCUGCCCACAAUUCUGUGCAUCCUCACUGUCUGCAUGAUGGUUCUACUCUCUUUGAGUUCCAAGUUGUUGCCCAAGUACGUGAAAGCCAAAUGCGGGUCGGGGGCUGAAUAUUAGUCGGGGUCUGUGCCAGCUCAAGGAGCCCAUUGCGGACACUGACAAUGCAUUGGGAAACUGCGUGUCACGCUGCUAAUGUGGGGAGUGGUGCCUACUGCCUCCCCGGGUGCAGCCAUGCUAAGGUGGGGCACCGCCUGCGGAUUUGGCAAUGGUCACACUGUGGUGUGUGAACACUGCGCUCGAGUGUAAGCACUAAUAAUUGGAAAGGGCUGGGGAUGGGGACACAGGAGCCCUGUGCCAACAACUUCCUGACCAUAAAAGUGGCAGGAGCUGACUGUGCACACUGCGUUUACUACUGAUGGAGAUGUCCUGAACUUGCACAAAAAAAACUUUCCAUAAUAUUUAUGGUGUAAUUAUUAAAGCUACAUGUACAGAAUAGAUAAGUGCCCAGGUAUGUGGGCCUUAAAGUAUUGUCGGAGAAAGAAAAUGGAACCCAAGAUGCAUUAAACUUUGAACCUUUAUAAAA